UCAUCACCCAUCCCCGCCCACCACCUCCAACUCCGCAAUGGACCUCCCUAUCCCCCAUAACUUUCCAAUCGGCACUCAUCACCUCUACAACUAUGAGCUAAUGGCGGCGUACAAGGAACACGGCCAUACGAAGGAAAACAAGGAGAGCCUCCGCUCAUGGGUCCGGCGCCCGCGCGGACCCGAACUUAUACAGAAACACCGCGAGCAGCCAGUUCAUGCGGCUAUGUUUAAGGACGACAGAUACAAUCUCCCGAUGGAGGACGGAGAGUCUACACUUCGCCGUCAUCCCCAUGAAUCGCCGCAUCCAGCGGUGCGCAAGCAACUGCAUCCUCUCGAGGCCGCGGGGCAGGCAGAUGUCUUCAAGCACCGUGCGAUUGUCAGCUGGCUCUGGAGUGUACGUGCGUAUUGGAAGGCUCAAAACGGCAACACCAACCCACUUGCCACGCUCCCGCCCGAACUCGCCCACCUCUACCUCAAGCUCUCGGGUGAAGCCCCUUCACGAGCGUUCAUUCCCACCGGUGACGGUACCUCCCUCCCUCCUCUCAAGUUCGCUGAGGGACCAGCACCGAAGAAGGAUCGGACGAGGAUGAAUGAGCGUACCAUCACGCUAUGGCGAUGGCUGGAAGAAGGAAACGGGUGGAAUCGUAUGAUGGCGAGGCCAUUGACAUGAAUCGCGACGGAGGCAGUGACGACGGCGACGAUGAGGGUGGCAGCGCCCCUCCCCCUCAAAACGUGCGGUCGAAAGCAACUGGAUUAGGUACCGACCCUCACAUAGUACCUAUUUAUCAUGCCAAUAGAAUAUCAGUUUCAGUGCAUUUGAU